CAGGGCUGACACACACAGAAGGAUCUGUGAGCUGGUUCUGGUUCAGCAGGGCUGGGAGCAGCAGAGAGCAGCAGCUGCUGAGGUGUGAGCAUUGGCAGAACCACAGCACUAAGGAGAUGAGAAUCACAAAAUUACAUGGACUGGCUAUUCUAGUGACAGCAGGGAUCACUGGUGCAAUCUGGUACCACUACCCUUUCUCCCCAGCCCAGGAACACAAAGCCUCCCCUGGAGAGGAUUCAGUCCUAAAAACAGACUUGUAUGAAACAUCUCUGAUGCUUCCGUGGAGGCGGGAUGUGCUGGUGUUGACCCCAUGGCUGGCUCCAAUUGUCUGGGAAGGCACGUUCAGCAGAGACAUCCUGGAUGCUCAAUAUCUGCAGAAGAACUUGGUCACUGGAGUGGUCACUUUUGCUGUUGAAAAAUACGUCCAGUUCAUAGAAGGGUUCAUGAACUCUGCUAACAAAUACUUCCUUGCUGGGCACCCCGUGAACUUCUACCUGUUCACAGACAGUCCUGAGAAGACCUUCCACCUUCAGAUGGCCCCUGAGAACCACCUGUUUGUCAUCCCUGUCCAGCAGGACCCCAGGUGGCAGGACAUCUCCAGGAGCCGCAUGGACAUCAUCAGCUCCUACAUCCAGAGGCAGUUCCAGCACGAGGUGGACUAUCUGUACUCCAUGGACAUCAACGUCCAGCUCCUGGCACACAUCGGUGUGGAGAUCAUCGAUGCCCUGGUGGCCACCAUCAGCUCCUGGCAGGUCACCCCACAGCAGGACAACAAAGCCUCUGAGACACACCCCGAGUCACACCCUGCCAUCCCUGAGGGACAAGGGGAUUUUUACUACACAGCCAGCUUCUAUGGGGGCAGCGUGUCCGAGGUGUACAAACUGACCCGAGCCUGCUCUGCAGGGCUGCUGCAGGACAGAGAAAAUGGCAUUGAGACCCCCUGGCACCACGAGAGCCACCUCAACAGGUACCUCCUGCAGCACAAGCCCACUCGCCUGCUGUCCCCAGAGUACUACUGGGACACAGAGCUGAGCCCCAGCAGCAUCCAGGUGAAGAGGAUGUGCCCUGUGCACCAGCACAGCCAGGGGCAAGCUCCUCAAACAAAGAAUGUGAGGCCUUUCCUCUUCACAGCCCCACUAAACUGAGGCUCAGGGGCAAAGGAAGUUUCCCUCUGAUGUAGGACUGCACACAUUUUCUCACAUAAAGUGGGUCUCCUUAGCUAAAGACCACUAAACCUGUUGCUGUUAUAUUUUUGGGAA